AUCGACCACCACCUUCUCAUACCCUUUUGACACUACCCACGUCGUUCCUUCCAGGCUCUAGCACAAAAAAAUCAGCUCAAGGCAGCUAUAGACGAAUAGGGAGGUUCACCCAGGCCUCCUAAGGUACUAGAAGGAUUCUUGCCGCAUUGACUGUCCCCAUUCGCUCCUUCUACGAUCAAUACAUAACGACUGCGAGGAUGACGGCUAUCGUCGCCCCCUAUCCAGUCAUGUCCACAAGUCCCGUGGCAAAGUCGCAGGACUUCAUUCCGGACCUGAAUGUUCGCCUCAUCUGCCCCGAAUGCAAGGAUCCUGUCCCCAACAUCGUCGAGCAAUACUCUUCGGGUGACUUGGUGUGCGGAUCUUGUGGGAUGGUGUUAGGCGACCGGAUUAUUGAUACAAGGAGCGAAUGGAGGACAUUUGCGAACGAGGAGGGGGAUGACCCUUCUCGUGUUGGUGCCGCGUCUGACCCUCUCAUGGACGGCAUGGAACAGCUCGACACUGUUAUCAGCUUCCAGGACGGUGGUUCCGGCCUUGCCCGAGAGCUGCAGCGCGCGUCUGCAAAGACCCAGGCGUUCAAGGACGGCAAGACGAUGAUGGAGGGCUUCAAGAAGAUUUCCCAAUUCUGCGACUCCAUCUCCCUGCCCAAGGUCAUCUCAGACACUGCGAAGCAAUUGUACAAACGCGUGGAGGAGGAUCGGAUCUUGAAAGGCAAGAGGAUGGAUGCAAUUGUCGCUGCUUGCAUCUUCAUUGCGUGUCGCCAAGGACAUGUGCCGCGUACCUUCCGAGAGAUCUGCAACAUCACAAAGGUGAACAAGAAGGCUCUUGGACAGUGUUACAAAGCCAUGGAGGCAUACUUCCGCCUGAAUGUUAGUGGCGGCGCGACUUCGAGCACGAAUCGCGUCGAUAUACAUUUGGCAGGAAGCGGCUCCAAAGCUAGUGCUGAAGAGCUUAUUCCACGAUUUUGCAACCAUCUUGGCCUUCCUGUCAGCCUCGAACGAUCAUGCGUCCAGAUCAUCGUCAAUGCACGCGAGCAGGGCGUCAAUGCUGGACGUAGCCCGAUCUCCAUUGCUGGUGGCGCUAUUUACUUCACGACACAUCUACUUGGACAAGCUAAACAUGCCCGUGACAUCAGCAGAGUUGUUAAUGUCAGCGAGAGCACAAUCAAGCUUGUCUACAAGGGAUUCGUUGCCGCGAAGGAGAAGCUGGUCCCCAAGGAGUGGCUGGAUGAUGGGAAGGCCAAAUGGGACAGGCUGCCCAUAGAGACGUCGAAAUGAGUCAGCUGCACAUGUAUGAACACUUUCUAUCUCAUGACCUUAACCCUGUAGGAUGCUUAGUAUUGUAUGGCUGUCAUUUCUACGUCCGCUGGGGUUCUACCCAGCCUCAUGUGCAUAUAUGCAGUGUGAUUAAUUGUAGAACAAUGCGCGGUCGU